AGCUUCGGACGAGCUGAUCAGUUUCGGUUUAAGUUCCGUCGGCUAAGCUGGGUCGUCACCCGGUGGCGAAAGUAAAGUGAACAUUAGGAGACAUUUACCUACCGGUGAUCAAGUUGUGGUUCGAUUGAAGUGAAAACCACCUUCGAGUGCAGCGUGCGAAGUGAAAAGUGACCGUGAUCGUCGUCCAAGAAAGACGAGUAACAUUUCCGAGAAGUGAAAUUUGCUCCUCAAAGCCUCCAAGAUGAAGGGUUUUCCUCUUGUCUUGCUCGUGGUUUUCGUAUCGAUAUUUGCUUCUUCCAGAUGUUUCGACUUGUUUGACGAGGACUCGCAUAGACUACUAACCCAAUUCGGUGGGCCAGAAGACUCACCGUUUGCCAGUUGGCAUGAGCAAGAUAACAUCCCGAAACGGUUGAGGGAUCUACACAGUGGAGGAGAAUCUCGCGAUGGUGUGGGAUUCGUUUGGUUUCCUUCCAAUAGUGAUGAUCUUGAUGAGUACCUUGAUGAUGAACUGCGUUUCAGGGCACCGUCGGAGUUCCGUUACGAGCCGGAUCGUGAGUCGGCCGACCAGGAACCCAACCUGAGAGUUCUCGGACUAGGACGUGAUCGGGAGUCGAUUGAUUCGGAUGCCGAGGUGUUGCCUUCCCAGUUCGACGAUAGCUCGGAGGAUUCCAAGCGGCCCCAGUCCGGCAAGACGCCGGCAAGGCCCUUCCACGGUGCUCCAGUGGAUGCCAGUUCGUUGUUCCAGCAUCAUUUCAACACAUUCUUCAGCGCACCGGAAACGGACUUUUUCGGUGGUGGCGGCGGAUUCCCCGGUUUCGGGCUCUUCGACUUGCAGUCCAGCAAGCCCUGGUGGAAGGGCGAGAACGUGUGCGUCGAGCGUGAAGAGCAGGAGGAAGACACCAACGGCGGCAGCAGCGACAACCAAGAAAUUGCCGUGGACAGCGGCAGCAAUGUGCAGAGUUUCGGUUUCGUCAAUCUGAACCUGAACAUCGAAUCUUGCUCCGAGCAUCGCAACAAACAUAUCUGCACAUCGAUCAAGAAUCAGAACGGCCAGAAGCGCACGGUAAAGGUCACGCGUCAGUGCUGCCACGGUUACGCCCGGCCUAGGAAUGGACCCCCAAAUGCGCACUGCGAAAAGAUGGAUCUGUACCCGCUGGCCGAGACUGCUGAGCGCCUUGGAGCCAAGGAGUUUGUUGCCACCUUGAAGAAGAGCGGUUUGGAGUCGCUCUUGGAGAAAGACAUGACGCUGUUCGUGGUGCCCGAUGCGGCCUACACCAAGUUUGCCGAACAAAUGUGGGAAAAUAAUCUCGUUGCCUUCGAUGGAACAGCUCGUGCCAAGCGUCAACUCGACAUGCCCAGUAUGACCGCUCGGGAUCUUAUUCUGGCCCACGCAGUCAAUGGAUCCUACCACAUCGAAGACGUGAGCAACGAACAGCUGCUUAAGACUGAGCUGGCCGAUUCCAACAUCCGUAUCAACAUUUUCCCCCGGGCACCAUCGGACAGAACCUCGGACCAUCCGUACCGUUACACGGCCAAUUGUGCCCCACUCGUUAAGUUGAACCGCGUUUCCGAGAAGGGAAUUGUGCACGUGGCCGAUCGCGUUCUGAUGCCGGUGCGUAGCAACAUUAUGGAGAUUGUGCGUUCGCGGGACGAUAUGACCGUGAUGAGGACGAUUCUCGAGAAGACAGGUCUGGACAAAAUGCUCGAGGAAGCUGGCGAUGAUAAGCACUACACUCUUUUCGCGCCCAAUGACGAUGCCUUCCUGAAGCUGGACAAAGAUAUCCGAAGAAAGUUGAAGGCCGGAAACGGAUGUGCCAUGAACAUUCUGAAGAAUCACAUUCUGGAUAUUACGUUCUGCUCGCUUGCCGCCAUCCAUGGAGUGAAGACCUCAACGUACAAUUUGUUGAAUGAGAAACUCGAGUUUGAGUACUCUUCGAUGGCCAAAUCCGAAGUGGAUGAUAUGACCAACAAGAAGAACCAUAGGCUCAAGAUCAAUGGGCUGGCCGCGGUUCAAGAGAUGGAUCUUAUGGGAACCAAUGGCGUUGUUCAUGUCAUUGAUACCGUGCUACCGACGAAAACUGGAAUGCCAAUCUCGAACACGCUGGCCACGCGCAAUUUGACAAUUUUCAAACAAUUGAUUGACGAUGCCGGUAUGGAGGAUGAAUUCGAUGCCAUGUCCAACAAGACUCUGUUUGUUCCCUCCGAUAAGGCCUUUGAACAGUCCGAAAUUGGCCAGUACUGGAUCCAACAGUUGAAGGAACGCCCGGAAAGCCUGAGGGAUAACCCCGAGUUGAAACAAUUCUUGGAGUACCACGUGGCCGCACCGCUGAUCAAGACUUGUGAUCUGGAGGAAAAAAUGAUCCCAUCGGUCAGUGGCCAGGAGCUCAGGGUUAAUUUGUAUACCACUAACCCAGUCUUCAGCAACGUUAUGAACCGCGCUACUGUAAAUUGUGCCAGGUUGAUGCAUUUUGAUGACGAAACGUGCGGAUCCGUUGUACAUGAAGUCGAUAAAGUUUUGGAACAGCCCAAGACGAAUCUCAUUGAGGCCCUGCGAACUAAUCCGGAGUACAGCAUGUUCCUCGAAAUGGUCGAAAAAUCCAAUCUCACUGAGCUGCUUAGCAGCAUGAACGAAAGCCUAACUGUGUUCGUGCCCAAGAACGAAGUCUUCCUGGAGGUGAAGGAAUGGUACGAUCAGAUCCUGGACAAUUCCGACGAGCUGGAUAACGUCAUCCGGUCGCACAUCGUGCCCAACGUCAUCUGCUGCAGCGGAAUCAUUCAAUCCGAUUGGCCAUUCAUUCGCACCACGGAAACCAUCAACCAGCAGCGACUAAAGUUGAACCGAAACCGACGUCCCCAGGUUCAGAAUGCCGGUGUAACCAAAUGUGAUAUUGUGGCCAAGAAUGGUAUCAUCCACGAGAUUAACGAUGUGAUUAGUGUGCAGAAGAAGCGCCAGGAAAGCUCGGAAGCGCAGGGUUUCCCCAGCUUCACUCGUCCGCUUACAUUCUGGUUCAAAUGAAUGAACCUGUGAGUGGGGAUAUUUUUCUCAACAAGAGAGCACUGAAUCUGUCUCAACGAUAAAUUAUAUAAGUUUUAUUUAAUAUGAUACGUCAACUUCACACUCUCUACUUGUUAAUUAUUUCAACAAGUGCUAAUUGUACAAGCAACGAUUGUUGAGACAUAAUAAAUAUAUGAUAAAAUACUAGACAUUUAUAUCUAAUAAAA